AUUCACGACAGCUUACUUAGAGAAGCGGUUCUGUUUCUCGCCCUCUGUUCUUACUCAUCCAUACUCAUCGACCUCGUUUCAGUGGGAUAAGUCAGUUGCUUUGUCGCUCCGUGCAGUCCAAUUUUUACGUUACACAUUGCGGAAUCUGUUUUAAAAGACCGAGAACUCAAAUGUCAUAUUGACAAGGAAAAAAAAAAGUCGUGUCGUUUAAGUUCGAAUUAAUCAAGAAGAGAACAAAAAAUAAAAAGUUCAAAAAAUGGAGCAUUCCAGUAUUGUAGAAUUCUACAAAGGUCGCUCUGUUUUCAUCACCGGAGCGACUGGUUUCAUGGGGAAAGUGCUAGUGGAGAAGCUUUUACGAUCGUGUCCUGGUAUUGAGCGUAUUUACCUGUUGAUGAGACCGUCAAAAGGCCAAAGUGUCGAAUACCGUCUUCAAGAACUGAUUAAUAACCAAAUAUUUGAUGAAGUCAGGAGGCAGCAGCCGAAUGUUAUGACCAAAGUUACAGCCGUGAAAGGUGACGUUACCUUUCCAGGGUACGGACUCUCGCCAUCCGAUUUGCGACUAUUGACUGAAAACGUUUCUGUCGUUUUCAAUUCGGCCGCCACCAUCAAAUUCGAUGAAGAACUCAAAGCAGCACUUGAAAUGAACGUUAAAGGGCCCAUGCAGUUGCUUGAAAUCUGCCGACAAAUGAAACGCCUUGAGGCUUUUGUGCAUGUAUCAACUGCUUUCAACAAUCUUGAUCGAGAAGAAAUGAGGGAAGAGGUUUAUCACUCGAAAAUCAAUCCGGUAAAACUGAUCGAACUACUAGACUGUCUCGAAGACAGUGUGGUGAAAAACAUUGCGACAGAGUUACUGGGGAACUGUCCAAACACAUAUACUUACACAAAAGCAUUGGCCGAGCAGCUGCUCGAACAGCAAUGCGGAAGCGUUCCUUUGACAAUAGUGCGGCCAUCAAUCGUGACAGCAGCGCUGAAAGAACCCAUUCCCGGUUGGGUUGACAAUAUGAAUGGAGCUACAGGAACGAUCGCUGCCGUUGGAAAAGGAUUCUUUCGCGUCAUGAAAAUUAACGCUGAUUUAGUCAGCGACAUCAUUCCCGUGGACUACCCGAUCAAUCUGAUGAUUGCCGCCGCUUGGCACACAGCCACACGAAGGCCGAAUAACGUCACCGUCUACAGCUGUACCACUGGCCAUCAAAACCCACUCACUUGGGGUCUUCUUCAGCGUUGGUCUUUGGAUUCGUGGUUGAAGUUCCCUACAAAGGAUAUGAUGUGGUAUCCUAGCGCUUAUUUCACAAUCAACGACUUGUGGCUCAAAGCAAACGAGGUUGUGUUCCACACCAUACCCGCCCACCUAUUCGAUUUAUACAGCUCCAUGACCGGCAAACGCGCUCGAUGGGUGCGGCUUUAUGCCAAAGCAAACAAGGCUUUUUCGUGUUUGGAAUUCUUUACAACGCAUCAAUGGCGAUUCAUCAGCAACAACCCCAUUCGCUUGCUGAACGAGAUGUCGGCGGAGGACAGAAAAACUUUCUACAUCGAUGUCCGCGAGAUAGAAUGGAAAAGCUAUUUUGAAACUUUCAUUCUUGGCGCCCGUCGUUUUGUUCUUAAAGAUGAUCCCAGCACCCUACCACUUGCCAGAAGCAAUCUACAAAGAUUGUACACCAUUCGACUGCUACUACGUCUGAUUUUCUUCUCCUGUUCCUUACUCGCCGUUAGGAGCUUGAGAAAUUUCGGCCGCUCUGCAUUUUUGAAGUCCUCAAGCAUCUGAGUUUAAAGAGAUAGAUACGCAUAUAAUAACCAGAGUUCGACGAAGAAAAAAAAAAUCAAAUAUUUGUGACCUUAUUCGUAUUUGUGUUGAAGCCUUUGUUAUCCUCUAAUUAGAAACAGCUAUAUAGAAGAGAAAACCUGCUGGCUGCGCCGUUCGUCGAAUACUCAGCACUGUUUCCUACCAGUUUCGGAAGGCUCGUAGAUUUGUUCUACUGUUACGCUUACACUUUCGUUUAUGUCUUUGCAUGUUGUUUGCCGGGAAAUAGAAAAAGGGAAAGGUUUAAA